GAAGUCACAAGAGACUCUGAUACACAUCAACCUGUCGUGAACGCAGUGCGACGAAGCGAAACAAGAGAAUGAUCCGUUGAAUUUGAUGUAAGAGAGACGCCUACUAAAGGUAUUGAUGAAUCAUGUGUACGUAAGUAGUACCUUUAACUGCUGCAACUAUGACCAUGUAAUGCAACUUUCUGUAACUGUAUUUGCACUAGCAGCUUCCGCCCGAGGCGCCCGUUGAAGAAUCACUUAAAUAAUGCAUCAAUAACUUCUAUCCUUGAACAAGCAACAAGACACCAGACAACUGCACAACUACAGCAAAAAUCAGUUUGCUCAAGUUUGAUCAUUUCAAGAAUCAACAUCAUCAACAAGACCAAGAAAACAUCAAAAUCUAGACCAAAAAAUCAUCAAAAAUUAGAACAAAAGAGAUGGAGCAAGACCGUUGCUUUUACGCCAAAGCGGUGCGCCCAUUUUGUGAUGGUGGCGACAACACACUCGAUGUGAAAGUUGGGGAUAUCAUUCGCGUUGUCGAAAUCGAUGGCAACAGCGAAUGGUGGGGCGGGCACCUCUUUGAGGAGUCCGCCCAAAACACAGGCUGGUUUCCAGGUAAAAAUUGCUUGUUUGAAUUAAGAACUUUUGCUUUAUUACAUGUAUGAUUCCCGUCGACCUCGAAAGAUAGUACUGAUGUGGGCAUCCUACCAUACCACAUAUGUAUAUGCCCAGAACACGGGCCCAUCAAGGGCCCGCUGCGCUGGGCAUAGGUUAGCAACUAGACAGGUAAGACGAACGAGCAAAGUCGCUAAGUCCGUUCGCCAAAGCUAGAGUGAAAGACUGGAAAGCUGGCUGCCACUGUGGCUAGGCUAGUGGGCUGGCUGCCGCUAUGGCUAAGCUAGCGCGCUGGCUGUGGCUAAGCUAGCGAAGCACUGCUGCCGUGGCUGAGCUAGCAAACUCGCGAUGGCAAAGCUAGGAAGCUGGUGACGCUGAUGGCUAAGCCAGCGGGCUGGCUAUGGCUAAGCUGGCCAUGAUUAAGCUAGCAAGCUAGCCACGGCUAAGCUAGCCGCCUGGUUUUGGCUAUGGUAAAGCACGCGAGCCAGCCAGAGCGAAGCUAGCGAGGGACGCUGGCUAUCGCAUCGCCAUGGCUAAGGUAGUGAGGCAAGCUGGCCAUGCCUAAGCUACGCACAUCAAAGCAGGGCAAGCCGGUUACGGCUAAGGUAAUCUAGCAAGGCAAGAGAAGAGGGCUAUGGCUAAGCUAGCAAAGCAAGCUGGCUACGGCUGAGCUAGCAAGGUAAGCUGGCUACGCUAUGGCUAAGCUAGCGGGCUGGCUUUGGCUGUGGCUGACCCCGAUGCGCCAGGUUCUUGAAAUCCUUAAAGGAUUCGGCUUAACUAAGAGGUCGGGCGGCCCUUAAGGGAGUGCCUUUUAUAUUUAUUAGCUUAAGCUUAUUACAGGAGGGCCUCCUUAGGCUAAGGGGCCUCCUUGAGGCACAUUUUUGGCCUUUAAGGGAGACCUAUGAUAACUCUUGUUGAUUUAAUAGAAAUUCCUUAAUAAGGGAGGCCAUUUCCUUAAGGGAGCCCCUUCGCUUAUGGAAGGCUCUUAAGGAUUUUAGGGAAAUUGCUUAUCCUAUAGAUACCAAUAUGGGUCUUGGAAAAUUUCAAGUAAUUCUAGUUGUACUACACCUAGGUCAUAUGAUUGAUUCAUUGAGUCGCUGCAAGAACAUCGACUUACGUCAAAACUGCAGUGUUUGUGAAGAGUGCUGUUUUGAACAUGGAGUUUUAAAAAACUGAAGGGCUAGGGGCUUAGGUAGUUUGUAGUAGUAGUGAUAGUGUUUCGUAUGUCACACAACUCCAGGUUGCAUAGUAAAGCGACUGAGUGCCACGGAAGAACAGCAUUUGAUUGACAGACGGCGUGCGCGUGAGGAGGACGCUGCGCGGCGUUCCUCUAGAUACGGUAAUCCAGCUGGCUCAUCCUCGGUCGUUGGAGGAAGCAGUGCAUCUGCACACCACAGGUCUUCACAUACAUCAUCCUCUAGUUCCGCCGUUGGCGGUGCUGCUUCCUCGCGUGUGGCUGAGGGAGAUUUCCGGCGAGGACAGGCACGACGACACCAGUACGAGUACGAGCCAACAAGUGAACGUUACUCUAGUUCACGAGGUAGCGCUGUCGGGGCAACUACCAAUAAUAGCAGAAAUAGUGCUGGGAAAACAACAUCAGGCGCCUCCUCUUCCGUGAACAGGUUGUCCAGUAACGCAGGAACCUACAACCAAGAGCCACGACAUAGCGCUUCUUCUUCAUCUUCACAACACAACCAUUAUGGAGGAGCAUCAAGGCAGCGGCUUUCGAAUACAUCUUCCGUCAUCCAGGAUCCGAACGAUCGCUACGAUCAAGACGACUACGCUUCUCAGUCACAGCUUAGUGCUGGCAUAACAGAUAACGCAACGCCCUCGAAACCACUGAAUCCGUACUACCGCUACUUAAUAUGUCAAUUUAGAGAACAAAGCUGAGCAUAUCAGAAUCAGAAAUGAAGAUCAGAUAACUAAGCUACUACUUCUUUCUAUCUAUGUAUAUCUUGACCUUGUCCUUGUCGAAAAAUUACUGGAAUAUAGUUUAGAAAAAGAACCUUCCGUGACUGAAUGUGCAUAUUGCAACGCACAUACUUACAGCAAUGUGAAGAUGCCGAGCCCGGGUCGAUCUGAGACAGUGAAAAAGCUAGAGGCGGAGAACAAAAAGAUCAAAGAGGAGCUCCGACAGAGGCUCGCGCAGGUAUUAAAAGAUCAGAAUCUGAAUCGAUGAAGGAAGAACUUUUGGUUGAACACUAGUACCAGUAGAAAAUAUGUUUUGCUUAGACUUGUUUAUGGACUUCUAAAAACUUAGAUAACAUAAGGAACCUGGAUUAGGAAUUGGACGGAGGACUGCUUUCCGAAUCUGCUCUUCUUCAGAUUAACUCUAUGAAAUCGGACAUCGAAGAAGUACAAGAGCGGGCUGAGCGGAAGAGGCGGAAUUUGUCGGAUUUCAUCCAGAAGCGAUGGAGUGAGAAGUUGGAUGAUAGGCAGAUACGUGGUAUAGAGGAUGGUGGUUUUGAUCCGGAGUCCCUGCCGCCACGCUUCGAUGAGGUGAAAUCGAUGUUUGCGAAAAAGACCGCGGAACAUCCUCUGCAAGCGGAAGUGUCGAGGCUCCAAAAGAAGCUAUCCGAGGUUCAAGCGCAGCAGAGGCAGUGUCAGCAGGUAUUUCUGUUGCGCGACCAGCACGUAAGCGUAUAGAUGACACAAUGCACAUGCAAGGUCGUGUCGUGCUAGGUUAGUCCGAGGAACCCAAGUCAGUGAGUGCAUUAAACGAAGCCCUCCACUAGUAUUAUUGUUUCUGAUAUCUCACUAUUUAAUUCGUGUUCUUUCUCCUGGUGUUUCUGAUUAUAUCUUCUCUAUCAUGGGUGACGAUGAUGUCGAAGUCCAGGUUCUGGAGAUGGAUGAUGAUGCAGAGUAUACGGUCCAGAGGAUGCGAGGCCUUUUCAACAUCGGACCUGUCCCAGCACGCGAGUCUGUCGGAGCUGGUCGUCGCAUUACCGGAGGAACGUUUUCAACGAGAAAUCGCAACAGUAUCUUCAAGAUUUUUAGAGCGAUUCAUCUUCGUCGUUGUUCCUUCCUAACGGAAUCUGAAAACAUUCUGAUCGACGUUAAUUAUAUCCAGAAUACCAGUCUUCAGCCCCUGAGGCUGAGGCUUACGCUUAAUUGCUAUACUUUUUACAACUUUGGUUUGACUAAUACAUGACCACAGGUGUUGCGUCCACGCCGUUGAGCAACCGUGGACCUCAUGAUUCAGAUAGUUUCUAUGAUGAUGCAGAGAAUCAAGCACCUGCAACCGAUACCAAGACGAUUUUGCCGCCUCCUACACGAGACGUUUUCACGCCCAAAGAUGUGCAGGGGACGCCGUACUUGAUGAACUGGUUUUCUAUGAUAGAUAAUAGAUUUAUGGCUUAAGCACAUAUCCUACAGCAGGAUCGCGCUUACUGUCUAAAUUUCUAUGUAUUCCUAGGCCUUGUUAUAACUUCUUAUCAGGCUCGGCAGUCCUGAACCUGAUGUCGUGAAAACGCCGCUGCAAGAAAACGAAAGUUCUCCACUUAAGGCUACAAGAAAUCCAACUUCAACACAGGCAUCUUGGUCCGGUUUUUAAAGGGAAAACGGGACCAAGGUGCUGACUUCUCUUAGUUCUAAUCCACGCAAGCAGCUGACGGGAAAUGUGAAGGCUCGCAUCUCUAUGUUCGAGAGGCCGAGCAUGUAAUAAUUGUAUGAAGUAGACGUCGUGACUCACGUAAUUCACACGUCUUCAUCAUGAGCAAACUAAACUCAUUCGAACACUAGGUGAAUCUCACAGCUCGCAGUCGCAGCGAGAUGAGAAUGCAGGUUUCAUCUAGUUGCGCCUGCAUCUAUUUCAGCUGAAUGAUCAAUAAGCAUCAAAAACAAAUUAUUGAGAAAGACUAACUUGUUCCAAAAAUAACAAUCAAUGGAUAUGGAGAUUGAGAAAAACCUUCCUACAACUGUGGUGCUCCUUAUCGAUUAAAGACCAAGCCACAGGUGAAACUCGGUCUUCUAGUUCAAUACCUUCUUCGCGUGACUGUAUUUGUUCCUCCUUGUCCAGCAUAUAUGCAAGAAUCUUCCGUAAGUUUAAGUUAAACCUCUUGAAGCCUCUGACUUGCUCUUCAUUCACAUAUACUUACCGACAGUCAAAAAAUCUCUCUCACAGUCACAAGAACACAUAAAAUCGUCUUGAACAACACUUGAUCGGAUUGCCGAGUGGAGGCGAAAAGAGUACUGAUGUUGAAGGCUUUUUAUAUAUAAAAACUUCUCGCCCUCGCCGAAAAAUAAUUUAAGUAUCAGUCGCUGACCUUCGUGAGAAUGCGAUCAUCAUGUUCUUGGAAAAUUACUUCUUGAUCAGACAAAAUUUUGCUAACCAAUGGAGCCUACUUCACAACUUCUACUUACUACUUCUGCCUGUAUCCGAGUUGUACGAUGUUGAGAGCACUACAUCCAUGUUGACAAGUGAGCCUUUUAAAACACAGAAGAUGCUAAGUCGAUAUCGAGUAUUCAUCAUUCAGGCGGACGUUCUUGACUAAACUCCGUAAUUAUGUAAGGCGCAGACGCGAACUGAUCUUAAUCAUUACUCUGAAACUGUAUAUGCAUGCUUGUUCUAAUCAACUAUAAUAAUUCGGGAAAAAUGCGUCUUCUACUUCUGCGCAAGCGUAAGGUAACCGUAUAUCAAUUGGAACGUCGUACUGCUCAACAACUACUACUUUCUUCAAUUUCUACUUCGAUAAUAAUUUGGGAACAAUGGAACAAAGCAGACUGAAUCACGUAGAUAAAAAACUUCGCGGAUAAGGAUGAAAAUUUGUUUCUCCAAACAACUUCUGUCUUAAUACAAGUACGACAAGAAUUGAAAAACAACCUGAUCAUGUCGUCAGAAUUCAUUUGAGUAUGAUUACAUCAGCCGGACUACAGUUCUGCCAUGACCAUCUUCAGGACGAAGUGGAAACUUCGAAGAGCAAUUCUUACGCGUCGAAGUAUAGCUCAUCUAAACUGAAAGUCCAACGUGACUCUGAUGAUCAUCUUAAAAAAGUAUUACACACUCACGCCGUAAGUAGCAUUAAUAUAGUACGACAAGUUGUAGUUGCGUAUUUGGUCGCGCUACAGCUACUACUACCAGAGGCUGCAUCAUCUGCGCCACGAGUUCUUGUCCUUGUGCACAGACAUCGAAAAAUGAAAUCAGAAC